AUCAUCAUCCGGGUUGAUUUCUGGUCACAGACGAUCCAAGAUGGCGACUCACAUGUCGAGAUGUAGAACCUGGAGUCGUGUUCAAAGGUUUGGGAUCGCAGCAUACAGAAAGUACAGCAGUGGUGGUGCAUACCCAAAUAUCUCCCUCUCUUCACCGCUGCCUGGGAUCCCCAAGCCAGUGUUUGCAUCCGUGGAUGGUCAGGAGAAAUACGAGACCAAGAUCACUACUCUAGAAAAUGGCCUCAAAGUCGCCUCCCAAAACAAGUUUGGUCAAUUCUGCACAGUUGGAAUUUUAGUAAAUUCUGGAUCCAGACAUGAAGCAAAGUAUCCGAGCGGAAUAGCACACUUCGUAGAGAAACUCGCCUUUUCUUCCACAGCUCAGUACGGGAGUAAAGAUGAAAUUCUCCUCACGUUGGAGAAACACGGAGGAAUAUGUGACUGUCAAACAUCGAGAGAUACCACCAUGUAUGCAGUGUCUGCUGAAGUGAAAGGUCUGGACACAGUUGUCAGUCUUCUCUCUGAUGCGGUUCUACAGCCUCGCCUGCUGGAUGAAGAGAUCGAGAUGACCAGAAUGGCGGUGCGCUUUGAGUUAGAAGAUCUAAACAUGAGGCCAGACCCCGAACCCUUACUCACUGAGAUGAUCCAUGCUGCUGCGUAUCGAGGCAACACAGUCGGACUGCCUCGCUUCUGUCCUGUUGACAAUGUGGACAAGAUUGACAAGAUGGUGCUGCACAGCUACCUGCGUAACUACUUCUGUCCUGAGCGGAUGGUGCUGGCUGGGGUUGGCAUCGAGCACGAGCAGCUGGUUGAAUGUGCCAGGAAGUACCUGCUGGACAUGAAGCCGGUGUGGGGAACGAGCGCAGUAGCCAACGUGGACCUCUCUGUCGCACAGUACACUGGUGGCAUCGUAAAGAUGGAGAAGGAUAUGUCAGAUGUGAGCCUUGGCCCCACCCCGAUCCCAGAGCUCACCCACAUCAUGAUCGGCCUGGAGAGCUGCUCCUUCCUGGAAGACGACUUCAUCCCAUUUGCAGUGCUCAACAUGAUGAUGGGUGGAGGUGGCUCCUUCUCUGCAGGAGGACCUGGGAAAGGCAUGUUCACCCGCCUGUACCUCAACGUGCUCAACAGGCAUCAUUGGAUGUACAAUGCCACAUCCUAUCACCAUAGCUAUGAGGACAGUGGUCUUCUCUGUAUUCAUGCCAGUGCAGACCCCAGACAGGUGCGGGAAAUGGUGGAGAUAAUAACCAGAGAGUUCAUUCAGAUGGCUGGCAGCCCAGGAGAGAUGGAGCUGGAGAGGGCCAAGACUCAGCUCAAGUCCAUGUUGAUGAUGAACCUGGAGUCACGGCCUGUUAUUUUUGAAGAUGUUGGUCGCCAGGUUCUCUCCACAGGGAAGAGAAAGCUGCCACAUGAGCUGUGUGAUCUAAUAAGCAAUGUGACAGCCAGUGACAUUAAGAGAGUAACCACCAAGAUGCUGCGCAGUAAGCCUGCAGUAGCCGCUCUGGGAGACCUGACGGAGCUGCCCUCGUACGAACACAUCCAGGCUGCCCUGUCCAGCAAAGAUGGACGUCUGCCCCGCAUGUAUCGCCUCUUCCGAUAGACCCACCCCCUCCACAUGGCCACCGAGCUGGUCGUCACUGGCAAACAUCACUGUAAAUAAACUGGACUGGAAGAGUACACUAGUGUUCCCUCCCACCACAGAACUCGACACAGCUCACUCUGGGAGGGGACUAAUACCCAUGGCUCUCAACUGAACCUCUGAGAGUGGGGAUUUUAAAUAAAGUUCCAUUUUACUCCACAGUAACCUUAGUCUAAGCCAUAUUUCAUCAUUUACUGGGAUGGUUUGCAGGAGUUUGGUUUUAAAGGGACAUUUCAUCCCAGAGCCAAAAUAAAGUGUUCUCCCGUACCAACCUGUUAUGUUUGAGUUUAUAAAUAAAUUAUGUUAGAAUGUGAAAUUAUCUUCAAAGUACAUCAGCAUAUAGGUAAGAGAAAGGGGCGGCUAACAUCCCCCGCAGUUAGUUACCUUUUUAUUGAGCUAUUGUGUUUUCUCUCAGCUCUCUAAAAUUCACAGAGCUUCACCUUGAGCUUUCUCCAAUGUGGAUGGAUCAAACUAUCUUUCUAUUUAUACAACAGCACUUCAUAGUCUCCCUUCACAGCCACAGGAGGCACUAUACGCAGUGAUGGUAAUCUGAUUAAUAAAGGAAUCCCUUGAAAUGUUUGGAUAAAUGUACAAACCUCACAAAUGUGUCCUCAAGACUGAAAUCAUGGUUCCUGUCAUAUCGUGUCUCAGAGUCAAUGAAAAGAGAUUGAAAUCUAAAGUGAAACCUGUCUGUUUUUUUUUUUUUUGUAUUUUUGUGGUUGUGUUGAUGUCCUUGCAAAUUAAAAGAAAUGUAACAAGAUACAUUAAAGGACUAGUUUGACUUUGGGGAAUAUGCUUAUUUGCUUUCUGGCAGAGAGUUGGAUAAAAAGAUGAAGGCCAGUGUUAAUAUGAAAGUGGUGUUAACCUUCUCAUCUAACUCUCUGCCAGAAAAUAAGCGUUUACAAGAUGUCACACUAUUACUUUAAGAGAUGAGUCUCUGUGUUCAAGUGAAUUUAGAGGCUUAUAUUUUCCGGGUGAGACAUUUUUAAAGAACAUUAUACUGAACACCCAAGUACACCCAUGUGGAUUUUACAAGUACUUCAAUGGUUUAUGACCACAUUGAAUAUGCUGAACUCUGUUAACAUCUGUAUACCAACUGGUGAAUAAAUGUAAUUACUUCCAUGAAUAAAAUUCUAUAUUUUAA